GAGGAAGAAGAAGAGGAGGAGGAGGAAGAAGAGGAGGUAGUAGUAGUGGUGGGGGGACGCGGAGUAGCUGGAGCCAACUUAAAGGAGAGGGUUUUAUGCGCAAAAGCGCGCCGCGCUCAGAGAGAGGACUAUGGAUCCGAAUCAGCAGGAUCUACUAAAGAUGUGACUUGUGGAUUAGGUGCAACUUCUUGGCCAGACGACCACGACACCGGUGUUGAAACCUCUCCGCUCCUGGUCUUGUUUUCUCUUUGGACUUUCUUCUCUGGAAUAUGCUUUGCUUAUGGGGCUUGGCUAACUUUGCUGCCGGGGUCCUGCGCCCCUCCUUUGAACACUAGUAGGAACCAAAAGUCUGUCCAAAAUACUCUUUGAAGAUCACCUUUUCUGUUCACUUCUUCUCUGAUCAUGGAAUCCCAGUGGAAUCCAGCUCGCUGCCCCCGUUCUCCCUCGGUCCUCUUCCUGAUCGUGGCUGUGUCUUACACCUGGCUCCUUCCCGUCAUCUCUCCUCAGCGAAUCCCCCCAGACCCCCAGGCAGCACCGGAGUACGCUCACUCCAUCCGACUGGACGGCGAUAUCAUCCUCGGCGGAUUAUUUCCGGUGCAUUCCCGGGGAGACCGCGGCACGCCCUGCGGGGAACUGAAAAAGGAAAAGGGCAUCCAUCGCUUGGAGGCCAUGAUGUUCGCCAUUGACCUGAUCAACAAGGACCCCGAGCUGCUGCCUAACAUCACACUGGGGGCCCGGAUUUUGGACACCUGCUCCAGGGACACGUACGCUCUGGAGCAGUCCCUGACGUUCGUGCAGGCCUUGAUAGAGAGGGACGGCUCAGAUGUCCGCUGCGCCAACGGAGACCCUCCCAUCUUCACCAAGCCGGAUAAAAUCGUCGGGGUGAUUGGAGCGGCAGCCAGCUCCGUGUCCAUCAUGGUGGCAAACAUCCUGCGCCUGUUUAAGAUCCCCCAGAUCAGCUAUGCCUCCACAGCCCCUGAAUUAAGCGACAACAGUCGCUAUGACUUCUUCUCCCGAGUGGUGCCACCGGACUCUUACCAGGCUCAGGCCAUGAUGGACAUCGUCACUGCGAUGGAGUGGAACUACGUGUCCACACUUGCCUCAGAGGGCAACUACGGAGAGAGUGGUGUUGAGGCCUUCGUCCAUAUUUCCAGAGAAACUGGUGGUGUGUGUAUUGCCCAGUCCCUGAAGAUCCCCAGGGAGCCCAAGCCAGGGGAGUUUGAUAAGAUCAUCAAGCGCCUGAUGGAGACCUCCAACGCCAGGGCCGUUAUUAUGUUUGCUAAUGAAGACGACAUACGACGAGUUCUGGACGCAGCAAAAAGGAACAACCAGACAGGCCACUUCUUCUGGGUGGGCUCAGACAGCUGGGGCUCCAAGAUUUCUCCCGUGAUUGGUCAGGAGAGGGUGGCUGAAGGAGCCAUCACUAUUCUUCCCAAACGAGCAUCUGUAGAUGCAUUUGACCGGUAUUUCCGGAGUCGCUCGUUGUCUAACAACAGAAGAAACGUUUGGUUUGCUGAAUUCUGGGAGGAAAACUUCAACUGCAAGCUGGGGAUGCAUGGGAAACGGCCUGGCAGCCUGAAGAAAUGCACAGGAUUAGAAAAAGUCGGCCGUGAUUCCAGUUAUGAACAAGAGGGGAAGGUUCAGUUUGUGAUGGAUGCGGUGUACGCCAUGGCACACGCCCUGCAUCGCAUGCACCGGGAGCUCUGCUACGGCUACCCAGGCCUCUGCCCGCGUAUGGCUAACAUCGAUGGAAAGGAGCUCCUCAGCCACAUCCGUGCUGUCAACUUCACUGGAAGUGCCGGUACGCCGGUGCUGUUUAAUGAGAAUGGAGAUGCUCCGGGAAGAUACGACAUCUUCCAGUACCAGAUCACCAACAGAUCCACUGCCGAGUACAGAGUCAUCGGCUCCUGGACCAAUAAGUUACAUCUCAAAAUGGAGGCCAUGCGUUGGAGGACGGGCGACCCGUCUCUGCCAGCCUCCGUAUGUAGCCUCCCCUGCCGCACUGGAGAAAGGAAGAAAGUUGUGAAAGGCGUGCCAUGCUGCUGGCACUGCGAACGCUGCGAGGGCUAUCACUAUCAGGCUUCAGAGUUCACCUGUGAGCUCUGUCCAUACGAGAUGCGACCAGACAUCAACCGCACCGGGUGUGUUCCCAUCCCCAUCAUCAAGCUGGAGUGGCACUCGCCCUGGGCCAUUAUCCCUGUCUUCAUCUCCAUGCUGGGGAUCAUCGCCACCUCUUUCGUCAUGGUCACUUUCGUCCGGUACAACGACACGCCCAUCGUCCGGGCGUCUGGCCGCGAGAUGAGCUACGUACUGCUGACGGGAAUCUUCCUGUGCUACGCCAUCACAUUCCUGAUGAUCGCCACGCCGGAUGUGGGCGUUUGCUCUUUGAGGAGGAUUUUCUUAGGCUUGGGCAUGUGUUUCAGCUAUGCAGCACUGCUCACAAAGACCAACAGGAUACACCGCAUUUUUGAACAGGGGAAGAAGUCUGUAACGGCACCCAGGUUCAUCUCACCUGCCUCCCAGCUCGUCAUCACCUUCUCUCUGAUCUCAGUUCAACUCCUCGGCGUCUUCGUCUGGUUUGCUGUGGACCCCCCUCACACCGUGGUGGACUACGGCGAGCAGCGGACCCAGGACCCCUUGUCGGCACGUGGGGUUCUCAAGUGCGACAUCUCAGACCUGUCUCUCAUCUGCUCCCUGGGUUACUCCAUCUUGCUCAUGGUGACGUGCACAGUUUACGCCAUCAAGACGCGGGGCGUGCCCGAAACCUUCAACGAAGCCAAGCCCAUCGGAUUUACCAUGUACACCACCUGUAUCAUCUGGCUGGCGUUCAUACCCAUCUUCUUUGGGACGUCGCAGUCUGCAGAAAGGAUGUACAUCCAAACUACUACCCUGACAAUCUCUCUCAGCCUGUCUGCCUCUGUGUCGCUGGGGAUGCUCUACAUGCCCAAGGUUUACAUCAUCCUCUUCCACCCUGAGCAGAACGUACCCAAACGAAAACGCAGCUUCAAGGCAAUUGUCACAGCAGCCACCAUGUCGGGAAAACUGGCCCAGAAGGGAGGAGACCGGCCAAACGGGGAAGUCAAGACUGAACUGUGUGAGAGCAUGGAGACCAACACUUCAUCAACUAAGACGACAUAUGUCAGCUACAGUAAUCAUGCCAUCUGAAGGGACUCCGGAGGAAGGGGUGUGGACGGGAGACGGGGCGUGUCUUGGGGGCAGGGCCAUGCGAGAGAGGGAGCGGGAGAGCCUUUUCUCAAAGGUGGUUGGCUGAAGAACUGACGGACGGAUCGGGCGCCCAAUGGAAUCCAAGCAUGAGACAUUUUGUAUUGUUCCCCAUCAAACCACAGAGGUGGGACCACAUAAACAACCAGUCAGUGUGCCUGCUUUGCUGCUGCUCACAGCUCAUCGGUCUUACAUGAACUUACCAGUUUAAAAAAGAAGAAAAAAUAAACAUGAAAAACAUUGACUUACCAUAGGACCCUGUGGUGGAAAAAACAAAAAAAAAUCUACAAAAAAGUAAGAAAAAAAUCAUAUAAAAUGAAAAUACUUAAAAAAAAAAAAAAAAAAACAUCUCAGAAACUGUGUAGACAUAUAUAUAAAAGGGCGAAGGUGAGACUGAAAAAGAAAUUUAACAGAUUACAUUUUAAAAUUAUUUAAAAAAAGAGUAAUGUAAGAGAAAAAUCUAUGAGACUCGAACAUGUUUGUUGUUGUUCUCUACUUGUAAGUAUUUUUGUGGUUGUGACGAUUUUUUCAUUCUUGUCUCACCGUUGUCUGAUGGAUCGCCCUUGCAUAAUGAGAUGAGUGUGUUUCCUCCUGCUGUCUUGGCAAAACCGGGUUGUAGCCUUGGGUCAUGAACCUGUACAAUGCCAUGGUUGAAGCAUGCCAGUUUUUAUACAAAA